UACACUGUCUCCCAGCUCCAGUUCUGGCAACAAUGCACCAACGACAUCUGGGUGCACAAAACUAUAUCCACCGGGUACACCCUUCAGUUCCAGUUAAAACCUCCCCCCUUUCGGGGAGUGGUCGUAACUGCAGUGAAGGACUCGGUUCAGUCCUCAGCUCUGAAUGUGGAAAUACAGGCAUUGCUCAGCAAGCGUGCCAUUCAACAAGUAGACCCUGCUCUGAUCGACCAGGGGUUCUAUUCCAAAUACUUCCUGGUGCCCAAGAAGGACGGCGGGCUCCGUCCUAUUUUAGAUCUGCGAGUACUGAACAAAUACCUGCGGGUGUUAUCGUUCAGGAUGCUUACGCACAGGCACAUCAUCCAGUCAGUCCGACACGGCGACUGGUUCACCACCGUGGACCUGACAGAUGCGUACUUUCACGUUCCCAUCUGCCCGGGUCACAGGAAGUAUCUGCGUUUCGCAUUUCAGAGCAGGGUAUACGAGUUUUGUGUCCUUCCAUUCGGCCUGUCACUAGCUCCUCGAACCUUUUCAAAAUGUAUGGAUGCCAUUCUAGCUCCCUUGCGGGCUCAAGGUGUCCGACUGCUGAAUUAUCUGGACGACUGGCUCGUCUGCGCACAGUCGAAGGAGCAGGUGGCACAGCACACAGUGAUGGUUACAGACCAUCUUCGGCGGCUAGGUCUGAAGAUCAAUUCAGAAAAGAGCCGCCUAGUGCCGAGCCAACAGACCAAAUUCUUGGGUCUUCACAUCAAUGCUCUGGAGCUCAGAGCGGUGGACCUCGCCCUCCGGCACUUCUUGCCAGUGCUUCUAGGCAAGCAUGUGUUAGUGCGGUCAGACAACACCACAGUUGUGGCGUACAUCAACCGCCAGGGCGGCUUGCGGUCCCCCGGUCUUCACCGGAUGGUAGCACGGAUGUUGCUAUGGGCACAACCGCGUUUAACCUCUCUGCGUGCGGUUCACCUACCGGGCAGAGUCAAUUACGCGGCAGAUCUCCUAUCCAGAGGAGGCCCUCUUGCGGGCGAAUGGCGUCUCCACCCUCAAGUGGUAGAGCGCAUCUGGGAAUGGUUCGGCACAGCGCAGGUCGAUCUCUUCGCUUCGCGAGAGACCACGCACUGUCCCCUAUGGUUCUCGGUGAAGGACCUCGACAGCCCCCUGGGGGUGGAUGCACUGGCUCACAAAUGGCCGCCAGGGCUCCUGUAUGCCUUUCCACCGAUUCCGAUGCUCCCCGCCUUCUUGGAGAAGGUCAGGGUAGAGCGAGCGACAGUGAUUCUGAUCGCUCCUCGGUGGCCUCGGAGAAUAUGGUUCCCGAGUCUAGUGCAAUUACUGCACGGUCGCCCGAGGGAGCUCCCUCUGCGAGCGGACCUGUUGUCCCAAGCUCAAGGAGAGCUUUGGCAUCCGAACCCCAAACUCAUGCAGUUAUGGGCUUGGCCCCUGAGCGGGAGCGCCUGUCAGCCUUAGGGCUUUCGACUGCAGUUAUAUCGACCA